UCACCAGCGCCGUUUCUUCCUUCCCUCCAUCGCUGGUGACGACGACGACGACCAUGAGCACACAAGUAGAACGCGCCAUUGGGGAGAUUACGUCGAAGCCGCCCGUGCCGGACAUCGACUUCACGCAACACACGCUCGAAGAUGGCAACGUCGUCAGCACACAGGAGAGGGUCAUCAAGGACGUGCAGGCGCCGGCGAUGUCCACACCCACCGACGAGCAGUUCUUCGCCAACCGCGGCCAGGAUCGCACCAAACCAGACAUAGCGUUCCUCAAGAACCACUUCUAUCGCGAGGGCAGACUGACGGAGGAGCAGGCGCUCUGGAUCAUCGAGCAGGGCACCGCUAUCCUCCGCGAGGAGCCGAACGUACUCUCCGUAGACGCUCCCAUAACAGUCUGCGGCGACAUCCACGGGCAAUAUUACGACCUCAUGAAACUUUUCGAAGUCGGGGGAAGCCCCGCUGAUACUCGGUACCUCUUCCUCGGUGACUACGUCGAUCGUGGAUACUUCUCGAUUGAAUGCGUCCUCUACCUCUGGUCGCUCAAGAUCUGGUACCCCGACACCCUCUUCCUCCUGCGCGGCAACCAUGAGUGCCGCCAUCUCACCGACUACUUCACGUUCAAGCUCGAGUGCAAGCACAAGUACUCGGAGAGGAUUUAUGACGCCUGCAUGGAGUCGUUCUGCGCGCUUCCGCUCGCCGCCGUGAUGAACAAGCAGUUCUUGUGCAUACACGGUGGUCUAUCGCCGGAGCUGAACACGCUCGACGACCUGCGCGAGAUCGACCGGUUCAGAGAACCACCGACCCACGGCCUGAUGUGUGAUAUCCUCUGGUCAGAUCCCGUCGAAGACUUUGGCACGGAAAAGGUCACGGACAACUUCUUGCACAACCACGUACGAGGCUGCUCGUACUUCUUCACUUAUCAAGCAGCAUGUCAGUUCCUCGAGCGCAACAACCUGCUGUCCAUCAUCCGUGCGCACGAAGCGCAGGAUGCCGGCUAUCGCAUGUACCGCAAGACGAAGUCGACCGGUUUCCCCUCCGUCAUGACCAUUUUCUCCGCGCCGAACUACCUUGACGUCUAUAACAACAAGGCGGCGGUCCUUAAGUAUGAGAGCAACGUCAUGAACAUCCGGCAGUUCAACUGCACCCCGCAUCCGUACUGGUUGCCUAAUUUCAUGGAUGUGUUCACUUGGAGCUUGCCGUUCGUUGGCGAGAAGAUCACUGACAUGCUUGUUGCCGUGCUUAACACUUGUACCAAGGAAGAACUCGAGGAGAGCGACGAAGAGGAAGUGCCAGUCUCACCGACAGCGGACGAGGGUGAUGCGCGCAAGAAGGUCAUCAAGAACAAGAUCAUGGCUGUUGGCCGUAUGGCGCGCGUCUUUGCCUUGCUGCGUGAGGAGUCCGAGAAGGUGUCUGAGCUCAAAAACAUCUCCGGCACGAGCAAGCUCCCGUAUGGUACGCUUGCAGCCGGUACCGAGGGUAUCAAGGAGGCCAUCACUGGCUUUGAGGAGGCACGGAAGUCCGAUAUUGAGAACGAGCGUUUGCCGCCCGAUCUGUACGACGCCGACUCGGAGGAGGGCAAGGCGAUCAUCUCUGGUUCCCUCCCACAGACGCCAGCGGAAAACGGCGCGCACGAUCCGUCGCAGCCCGUCUCCGCUGAUGCCCUCAAGCAGGCGAUCUCCGAUGGAGCAGCCUCGCCCGCGGGCUCUCCUGCGCGCACACCGUCGUCGCCGGGAACACCAACGGCGGGCACGCCGUUCAAGCGUGGCCACGGGCGCCAAGCGAGCCUGGGGACGACCAUGACGAGCCCGAGUACGAGGAGGAGGAGCUUGGAGAGCACGAUGAGCCUGAUUCAGGGCGUGUGGACGGGGCAGACGCCAUCGGUGCAGGAGGGCGACGAGUCGGUGGAGGGGCUGGCGGAGAAGCUGGCCGGGCAAACGGUGAAUGGGGAGGCCCCGAACCCUGCAGCGCGUUGAUAGAGCGCAAUCUUGUGAGGGUUGUGUUUGGUCGGUGGGGCUUGGUGCGCAUGUUAACAGGCCCCGCGCCUGGUCCUGUCCGCCGACUCCACUCGAGUCGCCCUAUCACCGAGUCUACCCAUGUCCUGUCAGCAUCCACCCAGCUCUUUCAUCGAUUCGGAUUUCUUUCAAUGCAGUCAGCCGCGCUCGUCUCCUCGGAUUUGUGUUUAGUACUUAGCUUACUGUUCGUUAUUGGACUGCUUUGGAUCUCCCUGCCGAUUCAGUCGUCGGAGGCGUGGCGCGGCGCGACAUUCUUGUACAUAUAUACAUAUACGACGUAGACGAUGAUACGCUACGUGUAUUCGCUGGUGCAUACACGAAUGAAUCAAGAUGGCAGAUAGCGGACAUGGGAGAGCGCAU